UAGAGAAACACUGCACAACGUUCACGAAAGUUGUUAACGCAUAGAGAAAUACGGUCAAAGCGGCGCCGUUCGUGAAACGGCAAGGGAAAUGGUUUGAAGCCACCCGCUAGGCAACUGAGUGGAGCUACUUCUAGUAAACUCUGGUACUGUAGUGGAGCUGAUGGACUGGAUAGGCUUCGUUUGAUGCACGAACGAAUUCAUUGUGCGAUUGUUACAGUGGGCGGCUAGUUAAACGCGGGUCGACGGAAAACUUUGUGCGGAUCGCAUGCAAGUGUUUAGUGCGGAUGUUGUCCGUUCGCUCCGUCAUACCAUGCCUCCGGCGGUAGCGUGAACACGCCCUGUCUGUGAUUGAUCAACGCCUCGGUGGCAUCAGCAGAUCCCAGUGACACGGUAACUCCUUGUUUACGCUCCCGUGUGCCGCACCGUUUCAGAACUCGACUGUGUGAAGCCAUGCAGAAGGUUGGCGGCAGUGUGUCAUCGGGACGGCCCAUCAAGUGUGUGGUGGUGGGUGAUGGCACUGUGGGCAAGACGUGCAUGCUCAUCUCGUACACGACAGACUCAUUUCCGGGUGAGUAUGUGCCCACUGUGUUCGACAACUAUUCGGCGGCCAUGAUGUGCGAUGGUGUGCCUGUCAGCCUGGGCCUCUGGGACACUGCUGGUCAGGAGGACUACGACCGCCUCAGGCCCCUCUCGUACCCACAGACAGACGUGUUCCUCAUAUGCUUCAGCGUGGUGAGCCCAUCUUCCUUUGAGAAUGUCACCUCCAAGUGGUUCCCGGAGAUCAAGCACCACUGUCCUGAUGCGCCCAUCAUACUUGUUGGGACCAAGAUGGACUUGCGCGAGGACAAGGAGACCCUGCAGCAGCUGUCGGAGCAGGGCCUGUCGCCCAUCAAAAGGGAGCAGGGCCAGAAGCUGUGCUCCAAGAUCCGUGCCAUCAAGUACCUAGAGUGCUCAGCUCUCACCCAGAGAGGCCUCCGACAGGUGUUUGACGAGGCAGUGCGGGCAGUGCUCCGGCCAGAGCCUCUGAAGCGGAGGCAGCGGCGAUGCAAGAUCGUCUAGGGAUCCCCUUCUCUCCACUUUAUUUUGUUCUAAGAGCAGCGGGACAGCAGAGGGCCGUUCGGCAUCUGACCCUCCUGCAACCACCAUGCGGACUUUUUCUCUCCGUCGCUAGACCCUCGUCGAGGACGUGUAGGUGCAGACACACAAGAAAGAAGGAAACGGUACGGCAUGUACCACUUUGCCGACUAACUCAGCAGCGCGAAUUUAUGUCGUGCCAGGUGCGACACAUGGAGGCAGCGCUAAACCUGUUCUGCUCCUUCUCACAUCUGCUCUGUGCUGCCACUCUCUUGGAUAGAACACAGUGACCUGAAUUUUUGUUAAGACAACUUUGAAAGAUGUUGCAAUUACCGCUGCUUUGGUUAUUCUCAAAUUUUGCAACAAAAUUGCUUUUCUUAGUUGGCGUUGUUCAGUGAAGCACUUAGCAUCAUUCUGUGCCUGGUUCGUCCACAUUUAGUUGCCAGCAGGCAAUGAAAUGAGUGUGUGUUGCUGUAGAUGCUCACAGCACCUAUGCUGAGGUGCAUAUGACUGUUCUUUUUUUUCUUCUACAUGAAUCAGCUAAGUGAGGGCGCUGAGAGUAUUACUAAAUGACCUGGGCAAUAUAAUGUGAUCUUGUUAAAAGAUUUCAUAAGGAAGCAGCAUUAAGCACAAGAUCUUUCAAAGCUGCCAGAACAAAAUGCAGGUAGUCAUGUUCACAUGAACAGUUCAUAACGGAAGUCCAAAUUCCGAGAAGGUUGAUGGCCGAAGCUUGUUGAAGAGCUGCAACCCACAUACAAGGUGUCCAAUAAGCAUUACGUAAUGGGAUAUUGGUUUCUUGUGAUGAACAAAACACUGAAGACGAAAUUACUUCUGGCAUGCCAUCUACUGUACAUGUGUUUCCAUCUUGAGCAUAUCUUGUGCUUUACUUCAACACAUGAGAAUCCUCCACAGUUGUCUGAUGUGUUCAUUGUGCGUGCUCUUGCACAAGCUGAAGAUAAGCUCCACUUGCACCAUCGUUACCCUUGUGGAAUGUAUGCGUAGUUUGUUAUUCCCUUUGAUUCUUUUUCUCUUUCUCCAUCAACUAGCAUAUCAUUGCCAGGAAAGUUCAGUUUUCCCACUUUACAGUAAGUUAUGUCAUGUGAAACGUGGUUGUAGUAAUAAUGAGUAGCUAAUAGAUAAGCCACACUUCUUGCAUGGUUAUCCAGUGCAACUAUAGUAAGCACACUUCUGAAAGCCCACCUUUGUUGGGCCUCAAAAAAAGCUGCGGACACUUGUCUCAGCAAAAGUAAGACUUGGGACAGUGUGUAGUUCCCAUAGCAAAACCAACACUAUUCCAGAACAGUAGAAAGAAAGUGGAAAAGAACAAGGGCAGCAGUACUGUGAUUCUGAAAAGUGAUUGUACAGCUGAGAAAUUCAUACCAUGCUGGCCUUGUACCCAGUACAUCGUUGCUAUUUUCGCAGCAUCUGCUAUUUUCGCAAUGUCGCUGUUACAGCCAUCACCCGAGCAGUUGGUUUUUGCGACAGUGGUGCUACAGUCACGACAAAGGUGCCGAACAUAGAGUAGUGUUUCCACCACUUCAGCUUAUAGGUCUGUUGUUGCUUGCAAUGCCAUACUUCAUCUGGACUUCUUACAUUAGUUUGGCUAUCUUUUCUGUGAGAGACAAUGGAUAAAGGUGUGAUGAUUGCUUAAGAAUGGUGCGACUUCCCAAACAUAGUGCGUGAGCAGUGUGUCGGCAGACAAAUGAUGAAAUGAUAAAGAGAGGUUCCUGGCUUUUAUGGCAGUUAUAAAAAUGUUUCUUCAAAAAGUGGCAGCAUUCUCUAGACUGGCUUGCAUUAAUGCAACUGCAGCAGUCUAGGAAGCACUGGCAUCAUGCAGACCAUCUGAUGCAGCACUCGUACUGGAGGGCUGUCCACAGUGUCGGGAGACGUGCAAGCAAUUGGGAGCAUGUAAGCAACCUUUAUUCUAUCACUUCUGACACACAUUGACUGAGCAUGGUCACUUUUUCUCGGAGCACUUUGCUCUGUAUGGUUAUGCAGUGCAGUGUGGCUUAGGCAGUCCUAAAGCUGUUCUGCUGCUUGCCCCCUUCGUGCCAGGAUGUCAGCCUUUUACGCGUACGUGUCAUGUGUUCGCAUUAGUGUUCAAGUGUUUUGCAUUCACCUCUAGGAUUCAGUCUGCACUGCAGUAAUAAAACUUUGUGGCCAAAUUUUAAUAUAUCAAGAAAGAUUAGGCAAGAAAAAAUUGUGAGACAUAAAGUAACAUUAUUGCAAAUAAGGGUGCUGCUCCUCAAAUUACAAGCAUGUUCCUUUCCUUUCGAGCUUCGAGACACCUCUUUGCAGAUUUCCUUUAAAUUAGUUGAUAUAUUAGUAUAUCCUCAAGUCAUUUGGAGUGUUACAGAGGGAGUGGGUACAAAACAUUUGUCAAAACAAACAAUACGUGAAGUAAAAGGAAAAAAAAAAGGCAAUUGCAGUUACUUCAGAAAGUGGUCUGUUAUAGCAGACUUGAAAGUAGCUCCUUUUGUUGUUCUUCUGCAGCUGCUAGUGCGAUUGCAGUAUUACACAGGAAAAAAUGAAUGAAUGAGCAAUUAUUUUACACAAGGGAUACAUUCGCUGUUAAUAGUAACCCUUGGAGCCAAGCAUGUGUUCACAGCGGAAACACUACAAUGGCCCUGCAAUACUUUUCGAAACUGGUGAAGGAAAUCCCCUGAAACACAGGACAAUGCAGUGAACACCUGAGCCAAAUACCAUAUUUGCAGGAAUAUACCGCAAGUUUUUUCUUUUAUUUUCUCUGGCGCUUGGAGCUGCGUUGAGCUAAACCACCAGGCACCACCGCAUUUGCAACCGCAUACGGUGGUGCAGACCCUCUUGCGCAGACCCUCCUGUGCCUGUGUGCAUCGCAGUCAUUGUUCCUGAUUGUGCCGCGGCAGCUUGCCUCGUCGUGCUUGCUUCCAUUUUGCCUCGCUCAGGAUGGGCAAGCUAGGAGUUCCCGCCACUGUGCAUUUUGCACUCUGUUUCUUCUGAUUGAGAACGCUGUUAGUGCCACAUCAAUUUGGUUAUGGGGUAUUCAUAGCAACCUUGAACCACACGAUUGGUGCUGUUCUGAAGGUGCGUAAAGCGAGUGGUCUUCAAAGUCACGCACUGGAUCACCCAACACUGCUGAAAGGCUUUGCCACGUUUGAUUGUCACAGGCAUGCAUGUUCAAUGACCGUGGUGGCAUGGAGGAUGACUCCGUUCUUGCCAAAACUGGCAAAGGUAUUGGCAGUGAUGUGUAAAUUGUGCAUGCACUCGUCCUUUCACUUUAUUUUGUGACGGCAGUUCGCAGUAAUGAUGAAUAAAGCCCUGCGGGCUUCCACUUUUAUCUGUCAUUUCCUGUUUGUUUGCAGCUCACUUCGCAUUAAAGCCGUAAAAAAUUUUUCAUUCUUUUUCCGAGGGCCCAAAAGUGUCCCCUCUCAAGUAUUCGUGGUCGUGCAAUUUACGUACAAAUACGGUACUUUUCAUCUACACAUGGCAGGGUACCUAGAACAUUCUUGUGAAGAUUGCCUCUGUUUUGCUCCUUAACACUGAUGGUGCAUCAGAAAAUUAUUGGCACGAUUUGUUCGGCAGCAGCAAUCAGCAGAAGUUGCACACAAUUAGCAGAAAGGCAGGAAAGUAAAAUUAAAGAGCACAGGUGAGCCACAGUUAAGCGUUGUGACAGCAGGUGAAGAGAAAGUGCAAAUGUUGCAUUCAAACAUUGCCACUUUCUUCUGGAAACAAUACAGUGCUGGGAAAGCCACAAGCCACACUGCAGCACUUGGCAGUGUUGCAGUAAAUGACCUUAUAUUGACACAUUAAUAUCUGGGGUUAGAACUUUAUGAUCAGCAUGCUCUCUUUCACAGUAGACUUGGUCAUGAGUGAAUGCCUGCCUCAGUUCUGUAGAACAAGCUCGCUUUGCAGUCAUGCUGCAUUGAGCUCUAUUUUCAACCAUACGUCAGUUUUUCAUCAAGAAAGUGGCUGUGAGAGUGUAUCAUGAAGAAACAUGAACAAAAGCGGUUGCAAUGUGCGCUGCAUGAUGUGUAAUAAAAGAAAAAAAGUGCAGCAUGUUUAGCUGCAGUGAGUGUUUCAUACUAAGAUUACUAGAGAUAAAUUUGGUGCUAGAAUUGUUCAGUUGCUUUUAGAAUCGUAACAUGUUGAUUUUUCUAGUUUUGCGCGCAUUUGUUGAGCAGUACGUUGCGGCUAUUUUAUUGUUGUUUUAUUGUGUUUCAAACUAACUUUGCAUAUCUCUAAUGCAGCAUUAACUCAUUUCAUUACUUAAUUUUCAGCACAUAAAUAACUUGAAAGGACCCUCACAAAGGUUUGGCCAUUUUGAACAAACAAGCGUAGCAUAUACAUGACGCGCUGGCGAUCGUUUCUGCAAAGUAUUACGGCACUGCACGUGGUGAGAACAGCUCAACUUCCAAAACAAAUGCCGGGCUUCUUCCCUCUCAUCGUAGCCUGCUCCCAGCCAGAGAGUUGCAGUCACAUGCACAACUGCUUCUGGUCACUCACCAGGACUAAUCAUUCAGUGGGGGGGUGCGGCACAACGCCGCGUAAAACGAAGAUAAGUAAAAAGCAGGUGGUGCUUGACGUCUUGGUACAUCUCUUGGCUCCGGUAUGGGAGAAGGCUGGGAAGGAACGCCGCCUGGGAUCGCUGCCAGAGGUAAAGCGUGUCUCCCUUGGCAGUGGCACUUGCCUCCUUGUGGCAUGGUAACAGGACUGUUACUUUCUUCUGUCAUCUUCAUUAUUGAACACACCUGAAAAAUUAUUUCAGUAAAAUGCUCCUUAAGCAGCAUUUUACAGCUUCCUGUAUAGAACCACAAUUCACACCGGUGCCUGAUGAGGCGCCCUUUAAGUGCAAAUGUUACUAAAUCUAGGUAACACUUGGCAGAUAACACGCGCCAUGCAAAAUUAUUUUUGCGUUAUUAGUAAUUUUUGGUUGCCAUGUUGUGAAGAAUGACGAAUGGUCACAAGCGGAUGCCUUACUAGACUAAUUAUCGUCGUAAAGUGAAACCGCACUGAUAAUGUCGGAGGAUAAUGCGAGAGUUGGUUAAAGCCAGAAGAAGGAAGUUUAGGCAAAUCCAGGCACUGACUAUCCCUCCAAUGCUCACUGAACAGUCUGUGUGCAGGCACUAGUGCCACAUUUGGUUCUAAUGUACUUUGCGUGAAGCUUAGCCACAGGGGACCUCAAUUAUUAAAAUAUUUAACAUGGAUUGCUCCAAUCAGCAUACAAUGCUUGUCAUGGUUAGCAGUGACAAUGUGGAAAUGUUUUUUUGUUGUCGUUGUUCGUGCAUUUCAAGUAGCUUAUUUGUCAUUAGCUCUGCAUUUGACUGUACUUCUAGAAAGCAUUGCAUUGCGGCAUAAACGAGUCCCAGGCACUUCGUAGCUCAAGUUUUGUUCUUGUGUCGUCAGGCACGUUUAUUUGCAGCAUUGUCCCAUGUUUCAUGUAGCUGUUGAUAGCAUUUCUGAUUCUAUGUGGAAGCGGCACUUCAGGCAGCAGUACUUUCACUUGGGAGCAGCAGUGCACAAUGUUGAAAGAUGGUGUCCCAUGGGGGAACGUGCAUUGGAUCUGCAUCAGGCAUGCUGGUGUGCGCCAACUAGCUUGCGCACACACCUAUGUGCCUGCGGAGCCUCUUGGCAAAAGACACUGGAUACAUAACACUAACUGCGUCAUCAAAUGCAUGGCACAGUGCUGUCAGUUUGCUAUUACCUAGGUACCAAGUUGCAGCUGCAAGUGUUACUGUACCUAAACAUAAAGAAUUUCCUUAAAAUUGCUAACUCACUUCUUUGACGCACUAGAAAUAAUUUAGGCAAAAGGACAGAGAAAUGCAUUCCUGGCUUAUCCAGGUGCCAAUCUUCAUAGCAGAAGUUUCCAACAAUUUAUAGGCUUAGCCAGCAACAAAAAGGAAUGGGCAGACAGCAUGGGCAAGCUCCCUGGUGUUCAUCUUAUAGUCUACUGACGUAACGUCAUUUCCUUUGUGGCCAUUGCUACGAACGGGUGGGUGUCUCAUUUUACCUUCAUUAUAGUCUACUCUAUGAAUUGGUUCCGGGGAAGCAGAUCACUGGCAAUUUAAGCAGCCCUGUCCUCCGAUUGGUCUCUGUCAGCCACACUGCUUGUGGUGCAUCUGACAUGCGCCUUGCGUUGCCUCUCCAUCAUGCCACUUCUGGCAGGCACAAAGGUGUGAGCUGGUGUAUGUGCUCACACGUGCAACAGGAAACAUCGCCUCUUGAGCUCCUAUUGAAUACACAGAAUGAAUGCAAAGUAUGUUUCAUUUUAUGACACACACUAGUGCCAGUGUGUGUCGUAUCUUCCUUUUGUGGUCUGUCUUAGGUGUUUGCGCUGUAAGUUUAAAUUUAGAGUUCCAUGAGGAAAGCAGAAAACUUAUGCAAUUCAAUGAUGCUGUUUGUAAGGUAGUAGACCAGUGUUAAACUUGCAAAAACGCUCUGUGGCUAGGACACAACCAAAUAAGUACAAUAGAUGCAGCACUUUUGUCCUGUCCAUAGUGUGUUUUUGCAAUUUGAAUAUGAAUUGUGAACUUAGGUCUACACCUUCUUAACUAGUGUGCUUGCCACACAUUAGACAGCUUGCAACUCUGAAUUCGAGGCUUCACAGCAAUUGGGCUUUCUUUUAAGCCUUGUACCCCAUAAACAAUUGAUGCCCAUAGUACAUGUGAGCUGUCGGGAAUACAUGGCGGCCACACAGUCUUGUAUUAGAUUUUAUGUUGCACAGAGUAGCUGUGCUGCCAAAAUUGGCAUAACACAGCAUUGUGGAAUGACCACGUAUGUGUGUGCUAGGCAUGCCAGUUUUUUGUGUGGUGGAGCUGCAUGAACAUGACCGCUGCAUGGUAUGAGAGCGUUUGCAUGACAUCUCUUAAUACUUGACGGUAAAUUUUGGGCUGUUGCAUUUAUUGUCGUGUUUCAAAAUCGAACUAGCUGCCGUCCCCCUACCACUAGGCCCCUGCUUAGCCACGGCCCGUUUAGGCAAGGAAGCCAUGCACUUUGAAAUAUUUGUGGAGUCUUAGCGUUGUUAUGUCUCUGAAUUGCGGCCUUAUGCUUGAAAAAUUAGAGAUGUGGUCAAUAGUGAAUCUUUAUAGAGGAAAUAAAAUUGUAGUGGCAUUAAGUGGAGUUGAAAUAGUAAUAGCACCAAUAUGAAUACUUCUCUGAAUUUUUUUAAGUUUCUUACUGGCGUAUAUUUCAAGUUUUAUUAUGUUCACUAGUUGCAUACUUCUGAUAAAGUGAUCGGAAGUGAUGAUCAAGCCAUUUGGAAAUAUUGCCUGUUACUUAAUCUGUGCUUGUCAACCAUCCCUGAGGUAGUGUGGAUUGUUAGAAAACUUUUCGAAAUCCGAAAUUUCCAAUAGCAGCUAUUUAAGAACCAUAUUUUAAUAGCAGGUGUGAAGGGUCUCAAAGAUGGGCAUGCUACGACUGCUGGAACAAAACGGAACCUGUAAGAAACUGACUGGAUCUGGUUGUUGGUGCAGCAGGUCAUAUGUCAGUUCACACAUGGCAUUACAUGAUGUCAUCUGCUUUAUUCAUGAGCAGUGCCUUCCUGAGUCCCGCUUGCCAAGUGAAGCUUGAGGUAGUCUUGCAAUGUACCAUUGACCUUUCAUGCCAUGUUGAGAGGAAGCUGAGUGAUAAUAAACAAGAACCCUAUUAUUCAUAUUGGCAACCUUGUGGUCUCUUGCCACUCUGUUGCACUUGAAGAACAAGCUUAGCUGUGGGACACCCUCACUGAUUAUAGUGUACACAGCAGAACAAAUAUUUCGAUAAGUGCUUGCAGUUGAUUCACUCUGGCAGUGGAAGUCACUCUGCAACUAUGCAUGAUUUCCAUGGUUCACUUGUCACUUGCUGAUCUCUGUUUGAGCAGUGAAGAUUCCUGUUUAGUGGAACAUGCUGGGAAUAUUCAUUUGUGGCUCCUGCAUUGACAAGCACCCAGAUACUGGUGUCCUGUUAAAUCAUCGAAAUGCUUUAACUAAUGCAAUACUCUACCAGUGCUAUGAUGGUGGUGCUUUAGCCAAAAGUUUAUCACAUACCAGGAGGUGUGUGUGUGUAUUCUUCUGUGCACAAAUGUGCUUCUGCUAGCACAUCAGGGUGGCAGCAAUUUCUUUAUUCUUGUAGGGUUGCUCCUCUUAGCUGUCGCUACGUAAAUGGCAGUGCCUGGACAAUGCUGGGGCUUUGUGGAAUGAAGGGCUCCUGAAGUGCACACAAGGGGCACUGCCAUAGUAAGGCCCACUUUUUAGACAGAAUCAUGCAAUGCAUGUAAAGUGUUGACUGCAAGAGUCUUCUGUCCAAAAUGCUGCUGGUGCUUGCAUUACAACAGCAAUGCUGACUCUGAAACAUGUUCAAAACUAGCCAUUUAUUUUUUGUUCACUCGCUGUAUAAUGCUGACCCAAUGCUGUUGAUGUACAGGUUAGAGCACGGCACUACAAAAUAUAGCCAUAUGGCAUUGAAAAACUAAUGAUUUGUGAUGCAUAAAGUUGGCACUGAAUUACAAACAUGUUCACAUUUUUUACAGCUAUUAUUUGCUUGAUUUUAUGUUGAGGUGUGCAGGGGCAUUCUGUUGUAGUUUCAGUUUGCAAAGAGUGAUGAAUUCAAUUUUUCCACUAAGGCAUAUUACAGGGAUGUUUCAUUUUUCUUUACAUACAUUGUUGUGUGCAACUUGCGUGAUUUUUGUUUCCACCUUUAAGCUUUGAAACCCAAAGACAUUUCCUCUAGGAUUUUGUAUACUUUUGUACAGUUUUAUUAACUACACUUUGCUGACAGCUUCUUUGCAGCUUUUAACACUUCUAUGCUUGCACUGUUUAUUGCAGUGGUCUUUGCUUUUGUAGUAUUUUAACGAUUUUACAUUUGUAACAUUUUUUUUAGUGUCAGAUGUUUUUCUAGUCUGUAUUGUUUCUACACAAGUUUUUGGGUCAUGCGAGUUAUGGUGUUGAACCUUAUUUUGUGUGUGCGCACUACAUUAUGACGUCGUGCCAUCAACUCAUUUAUUGUGGCACUCUUUCGCAUUCAGUGGUGCUUCAGCACCACUGAAUGUUGCAUGAGUUUUUUGUUUAUUUGUUUCUUUGGUUGCAGGAACUUUUGUUUGUUUUUCUAAUGUAAGCAUGCAGAUCUAGUGCUGUACGUUUGUGUGGUUUUUCCCCAGUAACUUCCAAUUCCCGAGUGAAAAGUGCUGGCACGCCUUCUAUAUGUGUGUGUUUGUGUUGCGCAGAGUUGUCAUGUUAUGUUCUGGCUGGAAGGUUCCUCGUUUGGGUUUGGGUCAAUUUGUGAGGAAUGUCUGCUGUUGUGCACUUCACUGUGCCCACCUGGAGCGAUCUCAUUGUGCAGUGUGAAGGAGUAUGCCAGUCUGUAGUUCAAGACAUCUCGCACAUUACUACAUGCCCUGCCAACACUCACCUGGAAUGUGCUUUGCGUAUCAGUGCACAAUAAUGUGUGCUGCCCCUGAAGCAAAUAUCGGUUCUCAGCGUGUCCAUUUGUGUGUGUGUGUGCCCAUGUUGGGAGAAAGGGAAGGUGUGAUCAGAGGGCAUAUUUGACACUGUGCAGCUCUUCAUUCAGCCAUUUGCUUUGGCGUGCCCACCUCCUCUGGAACUUUUGGAAAGUGCCGACUGUGCCCAAGUGCGACGGCACCUAGCUGAGGGUGCACUAGCUUAAGUGAGCGUACAUGUGUGAAGGUGUGCAUGCUGCGACUGUGCAGCUGUUCCUCUGUCAACUUAUUGAUGUUGGAAGCUGAGAUGUGUGUGCGAAUGGAAUGGCAGCACUGUCUUUAAGCAGCAACUGUAAUAAAUAAGAUAUUCUAUGAA